UAGUUGUAAAUAUGAUUGAAAGGGACACACACCGGUCAGUUUGUACAGACAUAUAGACAGUGUAAAUUAAAAUAAAUAAUAAUUAAUUAGUAUAAUAAACAUACAAGUUGUAAUAUAUGGUUUAAUUCUUUCAAAUAAAUUGUAUUGUUUCAAGUGUCGGCGGAAGAAACAUUUAAAAAAUUAUUUGGAUUUAUACUUUUGAAAUUAAUAAGUGAGUAGUCAGUGCAGCAUGAGAACAGGCUUGCAAGCUGCGAUACCGGUCUGCCUAGGCGCCGCGAUCUUCUUCUGGGCCGGUUGUGGAGGUGUUUUCAUCCCCAAUCUGACGGAGUCGUGUUUUCGUUGUCUGUGCUACGCGUCGACCGCUUGUGCGACGUCGCAUGGUUGUACGGGCGGCUACUGCGGGCCCUUCAACAUCUCGCGCGUGUACUGGGUGGACUCUAACAGGGUCGUAAUGCCCGAGGACGAUCCCGACAGGAACCAUGCGUGGGAUGACUGCGCAAGACAUUACGACUGCGCCACAAGAAUUAUAGAAGGAUAUCUACAGAGAUAUGGAAGAGACUGCAACGGCGACGGUGUGACAGACUGCUACGACUACAUGAUGGUGAACGGCAACGGCGGGCCGGGCUGCCACGCGCCGCUCAACCGCAGCGCCAACGGCAGGCUGUGGCUGGAGCGGUACGAGCUGUGUCGGCACACGCUGUACAGCUGAUCAUCUUCAUAUUGGAAUAUAAAGCGAGUUAUA